AUGGUUCAUGGUGGAGGCUGCGUUUUCAUUAUUCCGUCGGAACAAUAUAUCACAUUCUCGUUUUUUGCUCUUUCCUCUUCGUUCUUGGUCUCCAAAACCCUCUCAAAACCCUUCCAUUUUUCUCGCUCAAAAAGGCCUUCGUUUUCUCUCUAUCGAAAUCCCCCGGCGUCGAAGCUGGAGCUCUCCAAGCACGCGAAGCUGGGGAGGAUCGCGGUCCCCUCGAGCGCCAGGACAUGGAUCGUCAUCGGGAUCAGUGUCGCCGGGGUCCUCAUCCUCGCUGAGGCAGCCCGCCGUCAUCACCGGCGGAGGGGAUUGCCCAGAGAUUCAAAGGAUUUCGGGGCUUUCAUCGAGCGCUUUGAACUUGCACCUUAUCCCCAACCACCUCUCCCAGCUGCCCGCCUUUCCCUCUCUGGCCUCUCCUUUGCCGUCUCCGACAAUUUUGAUGUAAAGGAGUUUGUUUCUGGGUUCGGGAACCCGGACUGGAAGAGGACGCACGAGCCAGCGAAGGAGACGGCGUUUGUUGUCACAUUGAUGCUGAAAAAUGGGGCUACCUGUGUUGGAAGGACGAUCAUGGAUGAGUUGGGAUUUGGAGUCACAGGUGAGAAUUUACACUAUGGAACUCCAAUCAAUCCAGAACUACCAUCUCAUAUCCCCGGAGGUUCAUCAAGUGGAUCUGCAGUGGCUGUUGCUGCCGGACUGGUUGAUUUUGCGCUCAGUUCUGAUACAACUGGAUGUGUGAGGAUCCCAGCAUCCUUUUGCGGAAUAUUUGGCUUCCGACCUUCUCAUGGUGUUGUAAAGACUAUUGGGCUUCUGACAAACACGCAAAGUUUAGAUACUAUUGGAUUGUUAGCUAGAGACCCUUUUAUCUUACAUCGUGUUGGGACCAUUUUAUUACAAGCAACUUCUGGGGGCCCAAGGCGUGAAAGGCGCUUGAUCUUUGUUGAUGAUUGCUUUCAGUUUUCUAAGGUUCCUAAACAGAAAACGUUGCAUGUUGUGCGCAAAGCUGCUGAAAAAUUAUCAGGAUACCAGGUGCCGCAACAUAUGAAUAUUGGUCAGUAUAUUGCUUCUAAUGUACCAAGUUUAAAGGGAUUUAAUGAGCCAUCUGUGUUAAAACAAGGAAAAUCUACUUUUAAUGCUCUCUCAAAGGUUAUGGUAUUACUGCAAAGAUAUGAGUUCAGAAUGAAUCAUGCGGGAUGGUUUAACUCUGUAAAGCCUAGGAUAGGUCUUGAUAUCUCUACUCAAGUGCUUGGAGCAAUUAAUUCAUCAUGUGAAGAUAUUAAAUCUUUGUAUAAAGUUCGGACAGAACUACGAGCUGCCCUAAAAAGCCUUACCAAGGAUGAUGGAAUUCUGGUGAUUCCGACCACCUCUGAUUUUCCAUUGAAGUGUCAUUCAAGAAAGAAACUGUUACCUGAGUUCGAGGGUCGCCAGUCCUUUUUGUUGAGCAUUGCAGGGAUGUCUGGAUGUUGUCAGGUUACCAUUCCACUAGGGAAACAUGAUGGUUAUCCUAUAUCAGUAUCAUUUGUAGCAGCACAUGGAGCUGACAGGUUCCUUCUUGAUACUGUUUUGGACAUGUAUCCUGGUCUUCAAGAAGAAAUUAGCAUUGCAUCAAACCUUCCACUGGCACCAGAUGCUAAUGGGGAUUUGGAUGCCUCAGAACUACUAAAAGAAAAGGGGAAUGCCGCAUUCAAAUUAAGACAUUGGAACAAGGCUGUUAACUACUACUCUGAAGCUAUCAAAUUAAAUGAUACAAAUGCAACUUAUUACUCAAACAGAGCUGCUGCUUAUUUGGAACUUGGAUGCUUCCAACAGGCUGAAGCAGAUUGCAACCAGGCUAUUUCAUUAAAUAAGAAGAAUGUCAAGGCGUACCUAAGACGGGGAACUGCAAGAGAAGUGUUAGGAUAUUAUAGAGAAGCUAUUCAAGAUUUCAAGCAUGCCCUAGUUCUGGAACCACAGAACAAAACUGCAACGUUGGGUGAGAAAAGAGUGAAGAAACUGAUGGACUGAUGUUGACAAUGCAAUUCAAUACACUGAUUCUGCAUGUUUGUGAUUCAGUUGAUGAUAGUUGUUGCAGAAAGAAGCUGCAAUUUGAACGCCGAUGAAGAUUUCCAUAAUCUUUUGGGCAAAGAACAAUAUAUUAAUUUGUCCAUCUAGACAAUAUAUGUUCACAAGAUAUAAGGCCUUUCUUCAAUUUUUUUUCUUGCUGUAUAGUUUGGAGAAAGGUGGAAGAGAAAGUUUUCAAGUGUAUCCUUCUUGUUCUAAAUGCAUACUUGUUUACUUGCAUCCUUGAUAAAGUGCAAAGACUCUUUUAACAUUCCAAAUUCUGGUUCUGAUUCACCACAAGACCAUCAAUUGUAUCUUGUUGCUAAUUUUGGAAAGUAUAUCAGAACGGCCUGAUUUCAAUUUUUU